CAGUUAAUUGUUUUGUUAUUAUGUUUAGGUGCAAAAAAACAGACUGCACAACUUUUGUAUAUUUUCAGAUCACAGGUCUAAUAUUCUGGUGUGGCAUUGGCAUAGUUAUGAUCAUUAUGGGCGGCCUAUACAAAGACGACUGUCCUAUUCAGCCCAUUAUACCAGUAUUUCUUAUAAUAACUGGUGUUGCACAAAUAGUAGCUUCUGGCAUUCUGCUUCUGAGGGUAUUAAAGAAGUGUUAUACUACCGUUUUGGACACAGCGAUAUUUUUAUUCACAUUUGGCUGGUUCAUUACUGGAAGCUUUUGGGUUUUUAGUAUGUUUGAUCAAAAAGAUGGAAAGUGUGCUCAAAACCUUUACUUGUUUGCAUAUGGCAUUAUGACAUUUGAAUGGAUUAUAUUAUGGGUGGCAUGUAUCAAUUACUUCUGUUACUCUAACUCCGAAAGAAACAAUUGAAGAAGAAAUGGUUAACAUACAACAGAGAUGGUCUUAAAUCCCAGAAACGUAUUUGAUCCUUGUUAAUACUGUAUGUUUAAGAAGAUUUUUGCAAGCCAAAUUAUUGAUGUCAUCCAACUGUAUUUAACUGCUUUAUUUAAGCCCUGGAAGCAUUUACCCACUCCCUGAGGCAUUUUUUGCGAUGCAGCACUGCUUUGUUUUAACUGACAAUUGCGACAUUGUACCCAAACAAAAUUGAUGUCCUUUUUUCCUCACAAA